AUGAUUAAGAUGGCUUCUACAGUACAAACUCUUUUGGAUUUGCUUCGACAGAGUGCUGAGAGUGGCACGGAUGCAGGCAUCGUCGCAUAUCCUCUUCACAAUACCGUCGAAGCACGACGCAUCACAUAUUCACAGCUGUUAUCAGAAUGCAGGAGGAGGGCUUCGUUGCUAGCAAGACAACGAGGUUUCACAAGAGGAGGCAUCAUUCUGUUACAAUUCAACGACCAUCUUGACAACAUCGUCUGGUUUUGGACCGUUCUCCUAGCAGGAUGUAUACCAGCUCUCUCAUCACCACUACCCAACGACCUUGAUCAACGACGACAACAUCUGGACCACUUGAACAAGCUGUUCGAUGCUCCGAUAUGUUUGACAAGGCAGACAAGCUUCGCAGACUUCGCCGUCUGUCCAAGCCUAUCACUUCUCGCAAUCGAUGCCAUCGAAGCCCAGACAUCCAACAACGACAAGCAUAUCGACUAUCUCCCCAUCCCAACACCAACCCCCUCCGACCUAGCGGCUCUAAUGCUCACAUCCGGAAGCACAGGCAACGCAAAAGCCGUCGAACUCACCCACCAACAAAUCCUCUCCUCGAUAUCCGGAAAAGACAGCGUCACAAAACUCCACAACAACUCGCCUCCCAUCUCCUUACUAAACUGGAUCGGCCUCGACCACGUCGCAGCUCUAACCGAAACCCAUCUCCUCGCCAUGUAUCGCAACCUCAAUCAAAUCCACAUCCAACCACCCGACAUCGUAUCCGAUCCUCUACUUCUGCUUCGAAUGAUAACAAAACAUCGCGUAGCGAGGACUGUGGCGCCGAAUUUCUUGCUUGCGGCACUACUCAAAUCCAUUGAGCAAGCUGAUGAAAAGGAAUUGGACAGCAUCGAUUUAUCAACUCUCACACAAUUCGUUUCAGGAGGAGAGGCGAAUCCUGUGAAACUUUGUGCGAAACUUGAUGAGGUUCUUCAGAAGUUUGGGGCACCGGCGGGAGUUUUGCAGCCUGCUUUCGGGAUGACGGAGACUUGUGCUGGUUGUACGUAUAAUGUUGAGUCUCCCGAGAUGGACGUGGAGAGUGGGAUGGAUUUUGCUUCGUUGGGAAAGCCGGUUGGGGGGUUUGAGGUUAGGGUUAUUGGUAGAGGAGAGGAAGAGGACUCGACUGAGCAGCUCGGACAGCGCGGCAUUCUGCAGAUCCGAGGGCCUAUGGUUUUCUCAAGAUACUACAAUAACCCGAUCGCGACAGCAGAAGCUUUCACCGAGGAUGGCUGGUUCGACACCGGCGACGAAGCUAUCAUCGAUAGUGCUGGACGAUUGCAUCUCGUUGGACGCAUCAAAGAUCAGAUUCGGAUUAAUGGCGUGAGCAUCGUAGCAUCAGAUCUGGAAAGUCAACUCAAUGCUCUGUCGCUCAGUGGCGCACAAGAUGGCUUCUUCGCUGCUUUCGGAUAUCGAUCGACUCCUACAAGCGAUGAGAGUCUAGCAAUCCUUUACUUACCGACUUGGACUGAGGACGACAUCCAGAGACAGACGACACACAGCGCUAUUGUGCAGAGUGUCAUGCGAAGCCAUGGCAUCGCUCCGUACGUUCUGCCCGUUGACAACACCAUCCUGCAGAAAUCGACAUUGGGCAAGCUUUCCCGAGGAAAACUGAGACGAGCUCUGGAGCAGGGGAAGUUGAGGUCAUAUGAGCAGGCCAAUGCUGCGAAGAGUGCCUCUGUUGCCGUCGAGCCGAGGAACGAGCUGGAGGCACGACUACUCCGGAUCUUUCGAGAGGCUUUGGAGCACAGCCUCGAUCUUUCGACACUGGACAUUGUGACUCCUUGGUUCAAUCUGGGUAUCACUUCGAUUCAGCUGAUCCGACUAAAACGGAAAAUCGAGCUUGGUCUGGAAUUGGCCGAAGUCCCCUUGGUCAAGCUUUUGAAGUGUUCGACGAUCGAGGAGUUGGCAGUAGAGCUUCAGCCAAGGAGGCGAAGAGACAGUGUUACAGAUUUGGAUGUGGAGAUUGAAGAAGAGGCACCAUCGGCUGCGUAUGAUCCUGUCGUGAAGCUGCGAACACAAGGCAGCAAGGCACCUCUCUGGCUCUUCCAUCCAGGAGUCGGUGAGGUCUUGGUCUUCAUCGACAUGGCUAAGGAAGUUACAGACCGGCCAGUGUAUGCUCUGCGAGCUCGAGGCUUCGAUCCCGGAGAAGGGUUUUUCAACAGCAUCGAGGAGGCAGUGGACACCUAUUACCGCGCCAUCAAAAAGCAACAGCCACAUGGUCCGUAUGCACUCGCGGGCUACAGCUAUGGCGCGAUGCUGGCAUUCGAGACAGCGAAGAGGUUGAACAAUGAUGGCAAUGGCAAUCAGGUUCAAUUUCUCGCCAGCUUCAACUUGCCUCCGCAUAUCAAGUUCCGCAUGCGGCAGCUGGACUGGCGAGCGUGCGCUUUGCAUCUUGGACAUUUCCUGGGGCUACUCCAUGAUCCGGACCUGGAUGACAAUCCGGGAGGGACAGGUCCAGCAGAUCAUGCAUCGACUGUCAAGGCCAUCUUCGACAAUGCGCCUCAACAGCGUCUCAGUGAGCUUUCACUGACUCCGGCAAAUUUCCAACAUUGGGCAAAUCUAGCGCACGAGAUGCAGUCCAUGGCUCGAGACUACGAACCCGGUGGCAGAGUGUCCAAAAUGGAUGUCUUCUAUUGCCAUCCUUUGGCUGUGGUCGCACAGAGCAAGCAGGAGUGGCUGGACAACCAUUUGAGCCGGUGGAACGACUUCGCAUCGGAUGUCCGCUGCCAUGAGGUUGGAGGUGAGCAUUAUACCAUGAUCGACACGAAUCAUGUCCAGUCCUUCAUGGAAACGUUCACGAAAGCGCUUUCCGAUCGUGGAGUGUGAAGGCAGUCCGGUGGCUGGUGGUUCAAAACCACCUUGCAGAGAUAUGUCUCAGAAUAACGACGUCCCGGUUCGCGGCGAGGUCCGAAAUGGAAAUGUUUGGCUGGAUGCUCAAGGCGGUCAACGAUGACUGCACCUUCUUUGCAGGUCUCAAUAUGGACUGCGUCUUUCAGUAACGGCCUUUUGCGAUCACGAGCCAUCAUGCUUCGCGGCGUUGCGGAAGGUGCAAGUCAAGUCUGGUUCAACUUUCUGCCGAAAGCGCGGCAGUGCUUCCUACUCCGACUCCCUGGCGUGAGAGCAGCGGCAUCGUGAUUACAGCAUUCGCAUCGGCAUUCGCAUCGGCUGUGAAUCACAGUUUUCGGAGGCGCGAGACGGCGGCGAGGGUCCUGGCAGGCCGGCGGGAGGAGCAUGGUGAUUUGGAGCUCAGCAUUGGUGGAGGACCGGCGUUCUUGGAGUUGGACACGUGUGACGAGGCUACGUGGACGUGUAUUCUUCGAUGCUUUGGCGAUGCGAUGCCUGGUGAUAGACGAGAUGACGGUUAGCAGAAUUUAGUGACAUGUGACAAGAG